AUGAUACGAAUUGUUUUUUUCAACACAUGGCUGCUUUUAUCAACCAUUAAACAAAUAUCAGCUAUUUCCUACAAUCAGCCAAAAAUUUGUUCAAAUGCAUCGUGGAACUCAACCGCUAUAACUGUUGCGGAUAGCACCACAAUCGGUCAAUAUCCUUUUGCGACGUUUGUCGAUACAAACAACACUAUCUAUGUGUCCACUCGAACAAAUAAUUCAAUUAUUGUAGGGCAAAAUGGAAAUUUUGCACUCCCAAUAAAUAUAUCCAUUGAGAAUUUCUACUAUUCACCUAGUCUCUUCGUUACAGAUGCUUACGAUAUCUAUGUCGAUAGUGGACAAACAUAUUAUCAAGUGGGCAAUUGGUCGUCAAAUUCAACGGGCAGUGUGCCAGAAAUGUAUGAAUGUGCAGGCUGUUGGGGCCUCUUUGUCGACAUCAGAAAUUACCUUUAUUGUUCGGUGUAUGUCAAUCAUCAAGUUGUCUCAAAAUCAGUAAAUGACUCUUCAAACAUUUGGGAUAUUGUUGCUGGUACAAAUAUCUCGGGAAAUACGUCAUUUGCACUUAAUUAUCCUCGUGGAAUCUACGUUGAUGUUUAUCUUAAUCUGUAUGUGUCCGACAGCAAGAACAAUAGAAUUCAAAAGUUCUCAUCAGGACAAUCAAGUGGAAUAACUUUAGCAGGAAAUGGAGCAGCAAAUACCAUCGUACUUGAUGGGCCCGCUUCGGUUGUUCUUGAUGCUGAUGGGUAUCUCUACAUAGUAGAUUCGAAUAACCAUCGUAUUAUAGGUUCAGAUGUGAACGGUUUUCGAUGUAUAGCUGGAUGCUCAGCCGCUGCUGGUACCACGCCGACUAACUUAUGGUAUCCGACAACUCUUAGCUUUGAUAGUUAUGGAAACCUAGUUGUCACUGAUCAAUACAAUAAUAGAAUUCAAAAGUUUAUCAUAGCAACAAACACAUGUGCGACACCGACUACCGUUACAACAACAAGUAACGCGAUGACAACAUCGCUGACCCUCUACUGA